AUGGCCUCGCGGUCGACCCAUGCCUGGAUCUCGCCGGCGACGGCACCACCACGCGCGCGACCGCCCUCCUCCACCUCACCGGCGGCACCGCGCGCGCACGGACAGGGAUACGGAGCACGAGAGGUCUCUGAGCCAGUACAGGAAGCGGCGCAGGGCGGUGAGAUCGGGGUCGCCGGCGAGGAGGUCGUCGGCGCUGGCCUCGAGCGUGAGAAGCGCCUGCAGCGCCAGACCGCGUGCCUCCCCGGCCUCCACCCUCCGCGCGUCGGGCGGGCGGCGCGGCGAGCAGGCGCCGUGGCAGACUGGCAGGCCAACGACGCGGGGGGGCUCCCACUCGGCCAGGCGGUCCCUAGCUCCGCUUCGGAGCAUGUCUGCGUCCGCCACGACGCAACGACGAGUACAGGGCUCGCUCCCCAGCCUACGCAUUCGCCACGAGCAGCGCCGACUCAGGACUUGGUCGUCGGCGUCGUGGUGGGCCGCCGCAGCCCGCUGCGUGGCGAGCAGGUCGUCGAGCGUGGCCGAGGACCCUUGCCUACGGGGGCCGCGGGGAGCUCCUCCGCCGCACCGGCAGGGGGCGCGGACACCCUCACCCUAACUCCGCGCUCAAGGCGGCCAUCGACCAAGACGACGCAGCUUUCUUGCCGCCCGUCCGUCGAGGCGGCGCUGGCAGUCGUCUUCUGCUAUGCCUCCGGCGGCCGCCAAGUCCGUGAGGAGCACUGCAAGGCGCGCGGCGGUGAUGGCCACGAGCACAUCGAAUUCGUUCUACUCGUCGUCGUACUGGUCAGCCUCGGAGAUCAGUGCGGCAGAGGACGAGGCCAAGGAAGAGGCACCGCGGAGGAGGAUGGUCAAGGAGAUACGGAACCACCAGCAGCGCCGGUUGACCCGCUAGAGGACGACGUGGUGAGCAAGGUGAUGGACGCGGACGACAACGGCGUGGUCGCGGCCAUGGAUGGCGCUACUGCUGGAGGCCACGAGUGA